AUGCCCGACCAAGAACCCGCUGUCCAAACACCAUCACAACCAGCACCAACACCACAAACCCAAGCCGAACUCCAACUCCAACACACAACCGCUACCAUCCCUAACCGCGAUGCCGACUUUGCCCGGUUCAAAAACUACGCCGCCUACACUUUUCUUUUUGGCGCACCUAUACUGAUCGCCCUUCCGCCCCGAAAACUAGACCACCUCACCGUCCUACUCACCGGCGCAUUUGCCGCCUCGGCAAACCAUAUCACCCGCGAACGAACGGGCCGGAGUAUUCUCGAUCGGUUAGAAUCGCGCAUCUCGCGUACCAGUUUACAUAACCCGUCCCUGCCGAGUGAGAAAGCACGCGAAAUCCAGGCGCGCAUCCGUGCCGAGAGGGAGAAGCGGAUGGGUCAGGAGGGUGUGCCGAAAGAGGAGAUGGAGAUGCUGAAAGCGAGGCGGGAUCAGGAUCGCGGUAUGCUGCAGACGCUCUGGAUGGGCGAUGAAGAGAAGGGUUGGAAGGAGAAAAGGAUUCAGGAGGAGAGGGAGGCGCUUGCAGCGGGGAAGGGGUAUGGGGACUUGAUCCGCGAGCAUAUUUGGGAUGUCUGGACUUGGGGAGGGAAGGAUGGGGUACAAAAUGACAAAGACCAGAGAGUUGGCGUUGCGGUGGGAUAA